GAUUAACAUACCUGUACAGAUGAGAUUUCAUUGCGAAUGCGAUAGUUUCAAUGCUUUGGAUAUUUAUCGCUCUGUUGUUCGUCGGUGGGUUGUGUGAGGUGUGUAACGACCUUGACCCUGCGGCAUGUGCGAGUUUGAUAUCAGAAAACAGCAACUUAUGCCAUGGGGAUGUAUUUGCACACACCGCAUGUAAGAGGACAUGUGGACUAUGUCCGCUGACAUGUUUUCACUGUGUAGAUCCUGUAACGGACGUGCAAAGUUGCAACAUGACGAAACAAUGUCAAACGGGAGAGAAAUGCAUGGUGAGUGACGUAUCGUCUUCAACAGGUGGACACCACGAAUACAGACUCAAUUGUGCCCCAGAUAUGUUGUGUGACGGAAGUCUGAUAUCUUCCCUUGUUGGUCGUCGCGAUAUCUCCUCCCACUGCUGUAACAUGGAUUUGUGUAAUCUGCCUGGUGCCUUCGCGAUAACAACAACUGCUGUAGAAUAUUCACCGACUCCAUCUGUUACGAACGCACCGUCGUGCUUGCGGGACAUCUACGUGUUGGUGGAAACAUUUGUACACGAAAACAAGACAGCGGUGUUGCUUCUCUCGCAGUUUAUAUCUGCUUUGGCUUCGUCCCUUCCCAUCAACAGUCAAGCUAGUCUUGCAGUGUUUGAUAGUGAUUUACAUUUCCGAAUUCAUUUUGACAAUUCGUCUCAGUUACUGAGCUACAACACGAGUUCUUUUCGCACAAUUCAUCAUUUGAAACUCGACUACGCCAGGGUUUUGAAUGAGCUGACAAAUGUUCUCCGACAACAAAACAAUGGUGCAAGAGCUAAUGUUUCUGAUGCCAUCUUGAUAAUUACUAACCAAAGAGCAGAUGACAGAACUCAUGGUCAUUUUCAUACCAACAAAUUACAAUUGAAUAAUUUAACUUCAAGCGUAACGGUGGUUGACGUAGGAGUUCGUAACCCGGCCUUUGCUGCGUCAGUCGCGACUGACUCCAACCAUGAGAUGGCAGUGCCUUCCUACCUGGCGCUCAUGAGUGUUGUUCCUCAGGUGGUCUCACUCUUGUGCUCCUAGACCUUACAGAUGUCGUAGUUGAAAUAUGUUACAAGGAUCUUAUUAAAAAGCAAAUUUAAA